AUGGGAAAAUACUCCGCCGUUUUCAACACCAUUGCCAACUGUAGAGAUACACGGGUGGCCCUCGCCACGCUCCGGCAUACCCUCCAAGCCGGCGCUGACUACAAUAGACCGGCCACCAUGUAUAUGACCGAGAGCCAUCGAUAUAGCCCUUUCCUCGUUACGGCCCUGUAUCUGGCGUCUUCCAAAGGCUAUGCUGACAUUGUGUCGUUUCUCCUUCAUCACGGUGCCGAUAUCGAUGGGGUCCCGGACUGCCGGUUACGUACUCCCGUCUUUCUAUCUCUUCUCAGCGGAGACGCCAGGACGUCCAUGAUUCUCCUUCGGCGCGGCGCACGGCUUGAGUCUUCCGAGUUCGGAAUUAACGCCCUCCACCAAGCCGCCGCCGCGGGGCUCACCGAAGUGAUCACGUACCUUGUCGACGAGAAAGGGAUGGAAGUGAACGAGGCCGACAACAACGGGGACACGCCACUGAUUCACUCCCUGUUGUCUCCAUCGCCAGAAACAGUCAUAGGCCAGCUGGCGCAGUUCGGCGUCGACGUGAACCAGCCUACGACGAUCGACACAUGGCGCAUGACGGCCCUCAGCAUGGCGUGCGAGGACGGCAUGUUCUCCGCCGCCCUGGCACUGUUGAAGGCUGGAGCGGACGCCACGGGCGAGCUGGACGGAUUGGUCGAGGGGGCCGACCCAGCACUCCGUAUAUUCGAUCAAAAGCCGCUCGAGCUCGCGCUCCUGGCCCGGGUCAAAGAAACGAAUGGCAGGACGGCAUCGGCGAAGCAACGGCUCAUCGAACUCCUCCUCAAAUCGGGCGCUGACCCAAACGAGGGGGUUUGCAUAUCGGCACGCUGCAACUGGACAGGACCUCUGUUGCUGAAGCUGUCUCGAGAGAGGCGCCGCUGGGAGGUCGAGAUGCUGCUUUCUUCGGGUCUUGUAGACAUUGACAGGCGCGACUCGCAUGGCGCGACGAGUCUCGAUUGGGCACUUUCGACAUGUCACGGCAGCCCCGUAAUGGCGUCGAUCUUGCUGCGGCGCGGUGCCAAGAUGGACGAUGCCGUGUUGUGCGACAUUAUCGGCAAGCUGGCGCGUCUUGCGGACGCACAAGACCACUGGAGUGUGAUCAGCCUGUUGACGCGAGAGCCUAAGCUGUUGAAGAUAUUCCAUGUG